UAGAACUUUACUAGUCAUCACUUCUCAGGAUGACUCAUUCUCACUCAUUCCAACCACCCUAUGCAUAUCCAAAAUGUUUCGAUGGUAGCCACCUCAUCGCACCACAUCACAUUUAUCCCGCCAAAUUUUCCAUUGGAUACUCAUUUGAUCGAAUGAGUAUUAUCGUUUUAAAGAGGCUCAAGGUAAAUAAGCCUUUUGCUCAAGGAACUGUGAUCGCCGGCCUGAUAGCCGUAAGCAACUUCGAGAUUUUACCGAAAUGCAAAUUCGUCCAGUGGCGGAUAUAAUCUCGAACAUUCUACUACAAACUGGAACCAUCUUUGGAAGGGGUUGGCCUGGGUUGGUCUUUCCCUUUUUGUUUAUCGGCGAAGGAAUCAGAGAGUGUGUAAGCAUGUAUGCGCAUGCCUAUUACCCUGCACCAAAGGCGCGUCCGUGGAGUCAUCUUCUCCUCCACAUGGCAACCACUAAAAGGGGUCAAUCAAUGUCUAAUCCUCGAGUAUGAGUGAGGAUGAGUUGAAUGUAAAAGCUUUGUAUGAUUUAUAUAAAAGGAUCCUGCUAUUGUCAUGAUGAAAGAGAACAAUUCUCCACAUCAGGCGUUUCACUUUUAUACCUUUUUACCUUGCCUGAAUCCCGGUUACUAUUACUUUCCGCUUGACCCUUCCCCUAUAGAGCAUACACGAAAAUAUCAAGAUUGCUCUCCAAAACGAGCGAGCAAAAUCGGAGAAUUCGAGACCAGCGACAAUGAUGUCUGAUACCGAGUUGGAAAAGAGUAAUGCGCCUUCAAUUGAUGAUUCGACAUCGAGAAAGAAGGAGAUCAGUCCAUAUGGCGCGGAAGUAGUAGAUGGAGAAGUAAACAAUAAUGGGCAGGUGGAAGAUGGUCUAGAAUAUCCAAAGGCUCUUGCAAUGGUGAUGAUAGUGGUUGCUUUAUCACUCAGUAUCUUUCUAGUUUCUCUAGAUAUGACAAUUGUGGUAUGUAUACUUUCUCUCUUCUGCCAAUGAAGAAUAUCAUUAAACCCUUCAAUCAAGUAGAUAACUGACAUUAACAACAGGCUACAGCAAUUCCCAAAAUCACUGAUCAAUUCCAUGGAUUAGAUCUGGUUGGCUGGUAUGGCUCGGCAUUCUUUCUCACCGUGGGAUCCUUCCAAUCAACAUGGGGAAAAGCGUACAAAUAUUUCCCACUAAAAAUCACCUUCCUCAUGUCCAUCUUCAUAUUCGAGCUAGGAAGCUUAAUCUGCGGUAUGUUCUCCCAAGAUGCACAUUCAAACACUGAAACUAAUUACAACCUCAUAGGCGUUGCCCCAAAUAGCACCGCUCUAAUAGUAGGCCGAGCCAUUGCUGGACUUGGAGGUGCAGGAAUUGCUUCCGGAGCAUAUACAAUUAUAGCAUUUGCAGCACGGCCCCAACAUCGCGCAGCAUAUACAGGGAUUUUGGGGGCAUCCUAUGGAGUAGCAUCUGUAGUUGGACCCCUUCUUGGAGGUGUAUUCGCAGAUAAAUUAACAUGGCGUUGGUGUUUCUAUAUCAAUUUGCCUAUUGGUGGUGUUGCCGCGGCUAUUAUUCUGUUUUGUGAGUACUCAUGAUUCUUCUUACUCUAGACAUAAAGCAUGAAAACUAAUAUUUCCACAUUCUAGUAUUUACUUCCCCUCCAAAUGCAGUACCGACGCCCGCUACCCUCAAAGAAAAGAUUUUACAAAUGGACCUCCCCGGAACCUUCACAAUCAUGGCCAGUCUCGUCUGUUUCUUCCUAGCUCUUCAAUGGGGUGGCCAAACUAAAGCCUGGAAAUCUGCCGAUGUGAUUGGUACUCUCGUCGGUUUCGUCUUUCUCAUCGUUCUCUUCAUCGUAAUUCAAUAUUUUCAAGGUGAACGUGGAAUAAUCGUCGGCCGUUUAUUGAAAGAACGUACUGUUUCUGUAGGAAUGGUAUACGUAUUUUUCCUUGGCGGUGGAUGGUUUAUUCUGCUUUACUAUCUCCCCUAUUACUUUCAAGUCGUUUCUGGGGUUUCGGCUGCUCAAUCUGGAGUUCGAAAUUUACCAAUGAUUAUUGGUACUACUAUUGCUACCAUUCUUUCGGGGGCAUUGAUCUCUGCAUUUGGUCACUUGUAAGUCUCCAUUCUACAUGAAAGUGAACAUUAAGUAACUAACAUACCUUUUCAGCGUCCCCUUCAUGAUUCUCGGUGCAGUUGGAGCAACAAUAGGAUGCGGACUUCUGUAUACCCUUGGUGCGGCCUCUACCUCCGCCCAAUGGAUAGGUUACCAGGCACUCACCGGUCUUUCUACCGGUUUCGCUUUCCAAAUCCCCGUCAUCUCCUCUCAGACCACCGUCUCCCCAGCCGACCUAUCAUCCGUUACAGCUAUGGUACUUUUCCUCCAGACCAUCGGCGGCGCAUUUUUCAUCUCCAUAGCCGAAGCAGCAUUUGCAAAUCGAAUUCUACAUGUUCUUCCACAUUACGCACCUUCUGUGUCUCCAGCCCGGGUAUUAUCAGUAGGAGUUGGCGAACUAAGAAAUGUAUUCGGGAAAGAGAGAGACACGAUUCAGGGAAUUAUAGAGAGUUAUCUACUGGGGCUGAAAGUUACAUAUGCUAUGGCGAUAACUUGUACAGGAAUUGCAUUUUUUGUCGCUUUGGGGAGUAGUUGGCCUUGGAAGAAUUUGAAGGGGAAGACAUCAAUGGGUGGUGCUGCCUAGAUGAUAUUACGUGUGCACUGUUUAGAGAGAGUAUUUACUAGAACGAUCUGUUUUGAAGAUAAUGGAUGAAAAUGAUUAAAAAACAUAGAACUGGUCAUCGA